UAGAAAGUAGAAGUCCGGGUUACAAAACCAUCUCUAAUUAUUUAGCGAAAUACUUAUCAAAAAGUUUUCAUUUACGCUCUCUUUAUGCUCAACAUGGCUUAAAAGAUAAUCACAAAACUUAUCGGUUUUUUAAGCAUCUUUAUCAAUAUGAACAAAGAACUGCUCAGCUAAUUGGUCAACAGAGAUUAGAUACUUUAACUGGUCAACAUUUAGCUAAAAAUCAAAAAGUAUUUCGUAAAUUCAACUAUCAAACUUCCCAAACUUCUUAUUUUUACCGCACUCAAGAAAAACUAGUGGGCAAGUGUGCUAAUCCGGUGCUGAUCAAAAAAAACUAUCGUUUAGGAACUAGGUCUUUAAAUUCUUUAAACUUGCUAAAUUUAGCUACUAAAGAUAAGAAAAAAGAACUUUAUCAGUUUAAAAAACCGCUAAAAUCAACGCUGCAAAGUGAUUUUCAAGAAUUCUUAAUUACUAGACUUUUACUACUCUGUAAAAAAGCGGAAUUUCUCCAUAUUCCUUUGGAGCAAGAGCAAGUUCCCAAAGAAGCAGAUCAGUGUAGUGAAAAUAUUCAGCACCAUUUUAAAACUAAUCCAGUUUUACAUUUCUCUUUUUUACCCACGCAAGCUUCUCUAAUUAGAGCAUUUAUGACUAAAUUAGAUGACUAUGCUGCAGAGUAUGAUUUAGAAGAAAGUAAAGAAUUUCUUACUUAUCCGCUAGCUCAUAAUGCUCAACAUGAAACUAUCACUAAACUAGGAGGACUAUGCGGUUGUGAUCCCACUAAAGUCAGAAACCAAUAUUUAGAUAACUGGUAUUUAGAUUACUCGGCUAAUAAUACUGAUUACCGAAAAGCAAGUUUUUAA